AAAAUUAAAUAAAGAGCCAUUGUCGAUGACAAUCGACUGCUUCACCCCUAGAGCAGAUUUCGGCUUGGUGACUCAAACCCCUCUGUAGUAUUCCAAUGUUCAGUAAAAAUCCCUCAAAAAUUACCAACACCACCUUAAUAUACAUUGUGACGUGUGAUAUGAUCGCGCAAGUGCGCGUGGGCCCGCGUGGGUGUUACUCUCACUAGUGUCGCCGAAUUAAUCAUAUUUAUUCACGUGAAUUAUUCAUCCACAUCCACACACAUAUGUGACUAAAUCCUUAUGUCCAAAUCGCUGAAAAAUCAUUCAAAUUUUACUGUUAACCUGCGGCAUCGUAAAAUUGAGAAACUGGAGCUAUGGACAAACACGAUUGAAUACUCGAUGAAGGGAGGUUGAGCGUCACCUAUGUCAGAUGUAUACAGUUAGAUGAAGUACGAAGUAAAGAAGUGUUGAAAAAAAAGAAGAACGAAGUAUAAAGGUAGAAGAACAUUGACGCCCAGAGAACAUAAUGAAGAGGUUAUUACCCACAGGUAGUGUGUGUCAGCUGAGUUUUUUUCCUCCAAAGAAUUUUGCAAGUUUUAACUAUUGAGUGAAGGUACCGUCGAUGGAACGAAUUGAAUUGAGUUCAACGACUUGACGACCAAGUAUGAGUCAGAAGAGACAAGUGUUCGAACCUCCUUGUAGUCCCUUGUAUUGUUGGAGCCUUCCUUUCAUCGGUGUUAGAGCCCUGUGUUUCUAUUCUCCGGAAAAGUGUCAAGUGAACAAUUAUUUAUUCGACUAUUUGUGUUGCUCCAUAAGUUUGCUUUUUUGACUGUUUCUCGAGGCUCUACACACUAGAAGGACACGGGGAUAUUUACAUACAAGUCAGUAAUGUACACGUGCACAUAGCAAUAGUAAAAGCAUUGUUUGGAAUGAAAAAUGUAUUGUUCUCUUGCUAUUUAUAUUUAACGAAACUCUGCCGAGAGAAAGGGGGAAAAUGCUGCAGUUGUCGUGAAGUGACCACAGGAUUUACUUAAAAGCUUGAUAUGAACAUUUAAAACAGGAAAACAGGAGACAGUUUGAUAUAUUUGAGUGAAAAAAAAACUGGGUGUUGAUGUUGAUCGAUGAGAUGAAGGCGCAUUCGAUUGUUAAUGGAGGUUUUGUGGAGGAUUUUCAGUUUGAUGUUUAUGUACAGAACAUCGCAGACGAAUCCAGAAGUUCUGGAAAAUGAAAAGAAAAAUAAUAUUAAUAAUAAUAAUAAUAAUAAUAAUAAUAAUAAUGCUAGUCACAGUUCCAUGACUAGUUGUUGGUCUUCGUACUGCAGAGCACAAGACAUUUUUGGAAUCUUAAUUGACGUGAAAGAUUUUGGUUGAGAAGUGGAGAAAAUAAUGAUCCUCAUGUGAGCAACUCCAUUUUUAAAAUUUUGUGUGAUCAUUAAUCAGACUUUUUUUUUUAGUUUGUGAACAAUACAGAUGAAUAAACGCGUGUGCCGAAUGAACAGGAGGAGUCAUCAAACUUCGUCGGCCAAGUGCCAACAACCUCUAAUACUAGAGGACUGAACUCAUAAUGUGUUUGUCCUCGUGUACCAUAGACUGUAAAAUUAGACGAACGAAAAGACGUUUGAGAAUGAGAAAAAUAAAACGUACAAGAGAGAAAAUUGAUAGUGAGCCGUACGACAUGACUGACAUGUGAUAAAGUAUUUUUUUAAAAAUCACUGAAUUAGAUUUCAUAUAAUUCGCAUUAAAUCCUCACAUUUGAGUAACUCAUAAAUUAAUGAUCGAAUAAAACAACAAAGAAAAUUAGAAAAUUGUUGUCUAGUCCUACUGCAUUUCAACGAAUGAAUUUUCGUUCAGAUUAAUACAAAAAAUUGAGAAUCGUGAUAUGUCGAGUGAUCUCUGGAUUUAAAGAGUGAAAUAACGAAUUGAUCUCAUGAUGGAGAUUGUCAUGACUCUUUCACGAGUUUUAUCAACUGAAAAUAAUGAAUUAAUGAGGGAAUUAAUAAUGAUAUCAAAAUGACUAGCAACAAGAGGAGAUAGAUGAAGUGUUGCUUGUAGAAUAUAAUUCGAAGAAAGAAGAUGAGGUAACAAAUUUAUCGGGAAAUUACAAAUGUGUAGCGCAGUCGAGAUGCCCUUGUCACUACCAAAUCCGUUCGUGCCUAUGAGCGCAAUUUCAACACAAUCAUAUAUUUCAACGAGUGAAAAUAAUCAUUUACCACCACUAAAAUCUGGUAAUUAUGGGGUUAAAGCUGGGGAAUCACCACCAUCACAUCUCACCCACUCGUCCCACAGUGGUAGCACACAUCUGCCAAGUUUGGGAUCAAGUGCAAAUAAUAGUUUACAAAAUUUAACGAGUAAUUCGGAAAGUUUGAACUUGAGUUUGAGCUCGCAUACGAGUCACAACAGCAACAAUUCAAAUCACAAUCCUCAUUCACAGUCAAAUAGUCAAACGAACAGUCCACUCGUUAAGAAUGGAAGAACCGAGGGUAAUAGUUCAAAUCGUGUUAUUCCAAAAAUGGCAAUAACACCUGAAAUUGUUAUGAAACUUUAUACGAAUAAAUUAACACCGUAUGAACACCACGAGAUAUUUACGUAUCCGCAGAUUUAUUUCAUCGGCGCUAAUGCCAAGAAAAGACCGGCUAUUCUUGGAUUACCAAAUAAUCAUAAUUAUGAUAAUGAUCAGGGAAGUUAUAUCCACACACCGCAUGAUCAUGUAGCGUACAGAUACGAAGUUCUCAAAGUUAUUGGAAAAGGAUCUUUUGGACAAGUUGUUAAAGCUUAUGAUCAUAAAAUUCAUGAACACAUUGCUCUAAAAAUGGUGAGAAAUGAGAGGCGAUUUCACAUACAAGCGCAAGAAGAAAUACGUAUUCUUGCUAAUCUGAGGGAACAGGAUAAAGACAAUACCAUGAAUAUUAUUCAUAUGUUUGAUUCUUUCACAUUCAGGAAUCACAUGUGUAUUACGUUCGAACUGUUGAGCAUUAAUCUCUAUGAGCUCAUUAAGAAAAAUAAGUUUCAGGGCUUUAGCCUUCAGUUAGUUAGGAAGUUUUCUCACUCAUUACUGCAGUGUUUGGAUGCACUCUACAAGAACAAGAUUAUUCAUUGUGACAUGAAACCAGAGAAUGUACUGCUGAAGCAGCAAGGGAGGAGUGGCAUUAAGGUAAUUGAUUUUGGUUCGAGCUGUUACGAGGACCAACGAGUGUACACAUACAUCCAGAGUAGAUUCUACCGUGCACCAGAAGUGAUCCUAGGCGCAAAGUACGGAAUGCCAAUAGAUAUGUGGAGUCUGGGCUGCAUUCUCGCUGAACUUCUGACGGGAUUUCCCCUACUUCCCGGUGAAGACGAGGCUGACCAGCUGGCUUGUAUAAUCGAGCUACUUGGAAUGCCCCCAAGAAAAAUGAUAGACAGUGCAAAGCGAUCCCGCCAAUUCUUCAGCUCCAAGGGUUAUCCAAGGUACUGUAAAGCCAUCACAACCGCCAAUGGAACAACCCUUCUUCACGGUGGCAUCUCCAGAAGAGGUAAAUUACGAGGACCACCAGCCUCUAAAGACCUGAAAGACGCUCUCAAAGGCUGUGAAGAUCAACUCUUCCUCGAUUUCAUUCGCAAAUGCCUCCAAUGGGAUCCAGAACAAAGAAUGACACCUGCUAAAGCCCUGAGGCAUGCUUGGCUGAGGCGAAGAUUACCUAAACCUCCUGAUGACAAGACUGAUGGCCAGUCGGUUCAUUCAACUGCCGUUGUACCAGCCUCAAGUAGUCGCAGCUCGAGUAAAACAAACGUAGGAUCAGCUGGUAUUACCAAUAAAAUCCGUCAAAUCAGUGAUCAACGAUCAUCAAUUCAAGCUAAACAUCUUCCGGUUGCUAUUGCCCAUCCAAUCGCGUCCAAUCAAUUAUCGAUUACGCAGUCCAAUCCCUCCCAUCAUCAUUUGCACAAUGGAUCACAUGAAUCGUCCCAUGACAGUCACAGCUCGCAUGGUUCCUCAGGGGGAUCCAGCAGAUUCGUCGUUGCUAAAGACAGUGUUCUUGAUUUAUGGCGAUAAAUAUCUCACUAUCUUGUGGUUGUAAUUUUAUAUUUACGUUCUGUUGCGGAAUAGUUACCCCUGGGCAAUGGAGCACAGUGCCAUGAGGUGAUGUUGGAGCAAAAUGAGCAACACUUGAGGAUGUCAUGUGGAGUUCCAGAGGAAAUUUCUCAAGCAUUGGAAUCUUUGUGUGGGAAAGAGUGGAACAUUAUUGAAUGAAACAGCUCUGCAAUUGCUGAAUUUAAUUUGGAAAUACUUCAGUUGAAAGCUGGAUCCACUGAGUGAAAUGUGUUGAUUAUUCGAGGUUGACUCGGGAGAUCAUUUUCAGGGACACUUGUUGGUAUUUUGUGAAGUAGUCUAUACAUUUGUUUGAAAUGGAAAGUUCAAUACCGAUUAUCUUGUAAUGGCGAUAGGGAUAACGGGGAUUUGAAAGGCUAGGCAGAAGAUUCUAUUAUUGCCUUUCAAAAUUCGUACUCAUUUUUUUGAGAAAUUUAAUUUUAAGCUACAGAAAGAAUACUUAACGUCAUAUGAUGUUGUACAAAAUUUGAUAAUUCUCCCUCAUUAUUUUCCAGCAACUACCGGUAAUUUAUCUAACGACUCUGCCAUGAAUUUUCCCAGUGCUCUACCAAUAGCAAAAAAGUAGACGUUGAUAAUGAAUAAAAUUCCCAUGACAUUCUCAAAACUACGCAGGGAUUGUACAACUCAGCGAUUAGACUGUUUUUUGUAAAUAUUUUUUCUCUUUUCCAUUUUCUUUUUUUAAUUUGCACUGAUGCACACUAUGUCUCUAGAUAUCAGCCUGUUUGUCAUUGCUAGCGGUGAUUAGAUUUUCAUGAUCGAUGACAAUGGAGUGAUAAAUAAUGAAUAAUGAUUUUUAAGAUGAAAUUGUUAAAAUAAUGCAGGUACUGAUUACGUGACUGGUGUCAUGAUAAAUUAUAUAAUAACUGCUGGAGAGUAAAAAAUAAUAACGAGAAAAUGAGAAAACAAGAAAGGGAGGAACAAUGGAAAGGAAAAUUAUUGAUAAAUUUGUAGAAUUUAGUUGAGUCGUGAUAAGAAACACAGAAUGUCUUGUGAUAUAAAGCUUAGGCGUUUUAUUGUAGUUCGUAAUAAUUGAAUAAGAAAAACAAAAUACAUAAAUCAUUAUUUUAUCGCGCUAAUGAUUCAACAAAUACAAAGAAAAAAAAUCAAUGUAGUUAAUAAGAGAAGUUCAUUGGUAGUUGAGUGUAGAUGAACGAGCCAAGGGGAAAUGUUAGGUUGAAUUGAUCCGCAUGAGACGACCAUUCUGUUAUGAGGCUGUUGGAUGGCAUUUAGAUACAUCUCCCUUCCUCUCUUAUUUUGUUCUUUUCAUUUAAGGGAUUGACAAAAUAUGAUUGGUGCAUUUGUAUGCAUUUAUCACUCUUUUCAUUGUUCAUAAUUACUGUUGGAAUGGAUCUCUCUCUGGUAGGAUAUUAUCAGUUCUGAUGUUCUCCAAGUUCUGAUGAAUCACUGAUGUAAAAUUUAAUAGGAAAAUCAAGCGAAGUCUCUACACAAUUCUGGUGACCUAAAACAAUUUGCUAAUAAGUUUUCGCCAAUCUUCUCGUCUCUAUUUAUUUUGUUGGUUUUUCUGAAGUAGAAGAAAAAGAAAAUAGAAUGAAAAAAACUUUGAUAAUGUAAAAAUAAGUUUCAUAGUAAAAAGUGAAUUCUAUUUUCUAUCAAAAAUUUCAAUAGAAUCGGCCACAAAUUAAUGAAAAUUGUGAUAAAAAUCAACCAGAAUUUUAUAUCAAAUUCGCUAGGGUUUUCUAUUCAAUUCUCCCGCGUGUGAUUUUAAAUUGGACAGGAGCUACUAAAAGUCUGUGGUGCAACUGCUAAAUUAGGAUACGUGCAUUUUUUAUAAAUGACUUUCUGGUAAAUUGCUUUCCCACAAUUUGUGAUAGCAAUUUAAUGGACCAAAAAAUCCGAAAAAAUGCACUUAUCCUAGGAGGCCAAUGCACAAUAGAGCUUAUUAUAAAAUAUUGUUUGUCAUGAUGAUAACAAUGAAACGAACGGAAAAAGAGUUCCGAAAUUUUGUACAGAUUUUUUUUUGUAAAUAAUUAUGGAAACUACUGUUGAGAUAAAAAUUGUGACGAGACCUUUUGUGUUAUUUGCAGCAGUUUCUAUACUGAAUAUCAUCUGGAGUAAUUUUUCCAGAUCACUUCGAAUUGGGAAUAUUCACUCCCUUUCCUGCCUUUUGGAUUUAUUCGUCCAAACUCAAUGUUUUUGUCAUGUUGUUUUCAUAUUGUCAAAGGUGAAGGGAUUCGGUAAAUAUAGAUAAUCAUUAUACAAUCGAACUGACUUAGAGACUGUAAUCGCGUCUCGAUGUACUAUAUUGCAUGAAUGUUUGUAUCAUAAUCUAUUUCUUGACCACUAGUGAAGCAAGAGGUAUAAUUGAACAAUAGGUAGAACAAAAUCACGUGGAUUUAAAAAGUAAUUACGAGUGAUUAUUUUUUCGAAUUACGAAUACCCUGAUGCUUUUAUUCAGAUUAGAAUUAAUUCAAUGUAAUUAUUUGUCCAAGCUCAAGGUAUAUUGUUUUUACGGUUGAACGGAGAAUCAUUGAAAAAUAUGAGCACAUACGGUCAUACUUCAUAUUCAAAAAUACUCAGUCGGCAAUUUCUACUGUAAUUCAUAACACACGGAAGAAAAUAAAGAAACAAUUGUGCAAAUAAUUUUAUACAAUUAUAUACAUUCAUAAGAAAAAACUAAUGAAGGGCUGAUGAUUAAAUGGAGAAUAGUUGAAUUGAAAAUAACAAUAAUGCACAGUCAAGAACAAACCACUUGCGAAGAAAAAACACAAAUUAAUUGAGCAUAGACUGCCAUUGUAUUCAUGUUGACUUUUUGAAACUGACCAAACCGUGUCAAUUUUUACGUUAAACUCAGAAUCUCCAAAAAAAUUGAUUAUGAAAGAAGGAGGACACAAAUUGAAAGAAAUAUCCAUUUAAAUACAUUGAAAAUAACGGACGACACAUCUAAUCGAUGGAAAAGUAAUGAAGUGAUGACACGAUGAAACAUCAGAAAUUUUUCUGUAAGCAAUAGUUCACUUUGAAAACUGGUUAUCUGGGGGCAUAAUGUGGAGAAGAUUUCCACCGAGAACGACUUAAUAAAUUAUUUUGGAAAUUACUCAUUCCUAGAAUAAUGCCACGAUUACCCAGAGGUAAUUACCUCGGGACAUUUAUCGUUUCACCCCUUCUCUAUUGAAUUGAUUUAUUUUUUUCUUCCACGAUCAGAAUUACAAGUAUAAAAAGAAGACACAAAUUCUGCCGUUUCAUUCCUCAAUCAAUUGAUAUUAAUUAUGACCUAAUUAUUAAAUGUGAACUUCAGUUUGUAGAAGAAUUAUUGUGUAAAGACCAAAAAUCAAGGGCUGCUUACAACAGGAGUUACAACGUGUUAUAAAUCAUGUUUAGUGAUCAUGGUGUCUUCGUCAAGUAUUUGUCGUAAAUAGGUUCACUGAUGUUUUUAAUUUGUUGCACUAGAAAAAAAGCUUGAUGAAAGAAGUUAUUUUAAGUCCUGGACAAUGCAAAAUUGACAGAAAGAGUUUCACUGCUUUUUCGGAAGUUCUAUUUUGUCGCCGACUCCUUUUAAGUUGCGAAAUGUUUAUUUUUUGUGGUGAUUUUUACGCACGAGUUGGGAAAAGAGUAAAGGCUAAUCCUCGGUCAAAAAAUGUGAAAAUCACUAGGAAAAAAAAAUAUUUCUCCUUCAGAGGGUCGCAUAACAUUCGUUUUCGUGAAAGCGCUUCUAAAAAAGUGCAGUAAAAACGCUUUUACACACUCGUAAAGCAUUAAACUUUUUAAGGUAUAUCCCUAGAAAAUAGGUUUUUCUUAAGGUGGUCACGUGCGUUUUAUAAAUUAUGUAUAUAAAAAUCCUCAGUUAUAGGAAAAAAUUCUGAGUAGCUGUACUACAGUUCCAGAAACAAUAAAUAAUAAAAUAAGCGUAAAAUCGCGAGGCAUAUAUGAAAAAGCAUUAUGCCAGAUUUUUCGUUUUAUGAGAGAACAAUUUUUAUGAUGUUUUUGAAAAUCUAAUUCGCGACAGUUGAAAGAGUCUGAAACGGUGCAUUUUUUGUAAAAUUUUGUACUAAAAAGUUUUUGCAGUAUUCAACUCUAAAAAAAUGGAAAUUUUAUGAACAUUUGUAAGGGAGAAUGGGGCAAAAUGACCCAUUGGAUAAAAUGAAACAAGCGAAAAACAACUGUCUGGCGCAUUUCAAUAAGAAGAAAUUAAUCAACAUUUUUUGAAUAUUUAUUUGUUAACUUUUCGUGUUAUGAGAGAGGGCUGAUGCGAAUACUGCAUUUCGUUACGAGGGGGGAAAAUAAAUUUUGCCUCGUGGUAGAGUAAUAUCAUGAACCGAAAGUGAGUGAUCACAUUUCCACGUGCCAAACAAGUUUUCUGACUGUUUUAUUUUAUCAGGCGGUUCUAUUUUACUCCACUGUCUCUCAUGGGUUCAAACAGUUAUUGUUGCCUGCAUCAAUAACAUAAUUUGCUGGACAAAUUUAAUAAUUUACGAGAAUGGAAUACAUUAAGUCAUUUGAAAUUCUUCUGAAAAUUCAUAGAGGCUAACUUUCGAAUGUUAUUGUCUCGGGUUAUACCUUAAACCCUCAAAAUCGAGAGUUCAAGGAGGUCAAUUAAAAUGGAGAAAAUUUGCUAAUAUACGCUGUAACUCCUUGUUAUCAAAAUGAUGUUAAUCGCAUUUUGUUUUUCAUUAAUUUAAUCUGCAAUUUUUAUAUCUUUUAUUAUUUAUAAUGAAAUUGUGCUAAAGUGAUGGAAUUGCUUGCUUGGAUUGCAUUGUAUGUGUAUAUGUGAAUGAUGAAUGAUUUUAUUACGUAAAGAGAAAAAAAAACGUAGCAAUGAAAUCAAUCGACUCAGUGGUCAUGCAAAGCAUUUUUAUCGAUUCUUAUCAUUGCCCAUACUCAUUUUAGUUCUUAUUGUAGAAUGAAAAUAAGAUCUUAAUUUUAUAGUCAAGUGACAGUUAAAUGUUUGAUCUCUUUAUUUUUAAAUAUUUCAUUUUUUCGCAAUCUUUUAAUUCAAUUUUUUAUGUCCUCGAUUGACUUAUCAAAUGUGAUGAUUGUAGAUGAGAGGAUGUAACUCGAUUGCCUCCAGUCACAAAUAUGGAAAAAUUGUACUCAAUUAUGUUUUUUUUUAUUUUAAAGUAUUGAAAAUAAUUUGAUUAAGGAAAGGAAUAAACACUGCUUAUGACAGUUGAAUUACCAUCAAUCAUUUAGAUAAUUCCUAGGACACCCCAAAAACGCACACGGGUAAUCAAACAUUUAUUUAAAUAUCAAAUUUUAUUUCAUUAAGAAAAACUUUAUAUUACUCAACGUAUAAUUAAUAAUAUUCGAAAAAUGUCGCUCAAGUUGGAAUGAAUAUCUGGUAAACAAAAAUAAUUCUAAAUUGACGUGAGUUCAACGCAAUGCACAAAUACAAAUCUUCAUUUAUCAUCUUUUCUCAUUACUUUUUGUUAAAUAUGACAACAUUUAAUCGGGUAAGAAAAAUUACAAAUUCUUGAGAAUAUCUCACACUGAAGAAAAUUUAUCGACUUAUCUCGUUUCAAUUUUUUGUUACAGUACGAUUCAGUUGUCCUGACAUUCAAAUGGAAAUAUUGAAUCUCAUUACAAUCCUGAAUUCGAUUGCAAAAUCCUAUGUUUUUCUGAAUAAUGAGUAUCGUGUGGACUAUAAUACGCGCGCGAUAUCGAUCCGAGCAUCUUUAUCAGCAGACCGUCGCGAUCCCACAGAUAACUAUUUGUAUAGCCGAAUAUUUAAAUAUCUCGAGCUUCCUGACGACUGAUGUUAUUCAUUACAGCCCAGAAGAGUUACAAUCAGCAGCGAUGUAUGGUGCUGUAAUUUCAGAUUUUGGAGAAGGUAGGCAUCAUUCAAAGAUUGGAAGAUUCGGACCGUUAUAAUGUAUUUCCGUGUAUGGUAAGAGCCUACCGGGAGGUCGAACUUUACAGGAAGUUGAAUUCGGUCUCGUGGACUCGCUCUAACCAAAUGGGCGUUCCUAUGUUUUUCUUACGAUAAAAAAUGCAGAAUCGACGUUAGAAAAGGAAUAAUAUUAGUAGUGAAAAUAAAAAUAAUAACUGCCAAAAUAUAAAAAAACUAAAGCCCUAUUGAAUUCUUUACUUUAAAAUGGAGGUAUCGAUGGGGAAGCUAAUGACGAGUCUAUUUAAUCGUCUUUGCGAGGUUUACGUUUGCGAGCGUUGGGACUGCUAGCGCUUGCUUCAGGCGCUUUCUCGCUUUUCUCGGACUUCUCUGGCUCUUUGCCCGAUUCACUUCCUUCUUCGUCGACCAGGUCAUCUUUCACAUUCUCAAUAAAGUCUUCAUCGUCAGAAUUUUUAUCUUUGCGUUCCCCGGUUUCUUUCCCUUUUCUCGAAUAAUUUUGUGAUUUCGCUGGUUUCGGUGGGUAGAUGAAGUCGAUGACACACACAAUCAACAAUCCUAAUAUUGCCCCGAUGAUUAUUGUGGCGAUGGCGAAAAUCAGGUAACUUCCCCACGUUGGUAAGCCAAAAUCUUCCAUCAGUUUGGUGUGAAUUGCCUAAAUAGUAGAAUGUUCAUUGAUUGUUUGUGAAUUUUUUCCAUACAGAAAUACUUAUUUCAACUUUUGAACACAAUAGCUCCAGAACAUUAUUCUAUUAAAUCAGAACAUCAUUCUAAAAAAAGGUGAAGGAAAAAAGAUUCAAUUUGUUAUUACCUUGUGGGGACUUGAUACGAGCAGAAAAAAUGGAUUUGGAAAAACUCAACCUACCCUGAGAACUUGAGACAUUUUGAAAAAUUGACUGAUAAUCGACAUUUGAAUAGAAGUUGGGCUCUUCCAGCUGGAUAUCGGUUGGACUUUUAUCCACGUUUUGGACCUAACGAAGUUGACGAGGGAAUCUCUGUCCCUCGGGCUCUUAUAUUGUCUGAAUAACCCGUCUUUUACACUAAAAAUAGAAAGAAAAUGAAG